UGGCGCAGCGCGGUGGAGACGUCCACCUCCUCCUCCUCCUCCCGCACCCGAACCGCGGUGCCCGCUAGCUACGGGGUGAGUGGCGCGCAUAGAAGUACCGCACAACGCGAGACGAACGCGGAUUUCUCGAGCCCCCCCCCACACCACCACACAGGGGCCUACAGCAUCGGAUCGCCGUGUACCAAGUGGGGGGUUUGGUGGUGGGCCAGCAGGAGUUGACCGGUUGGGAGGACAGCGAGCAUCAUGGCCGGGGCGAAGAACUACGAGGACAAGGAUGGGGGGAAUGCGUGUGGCACUGUCUGCCUCAAGUAUCUGCUCUUCAUAUUCAACUUCAUCUUCUGGCUGGCAGGCUGCGGGGUGAUGGCGGUGGGCAUCUGGACGCUGGUGGAGAAGGCCGACUACAUCAGCCUGCUGGCCUCAAGCACCUUCGCUGCCACCGCUUACAUCCUGGUGAUCGCCGGGGCUGUCGUCAUGGUAACGGGCGCGCUGGGAUGCUGCGCCGUCGUCAAGGAGCGUAAGGCCUUCCUCCAAGCGUACUUCAUCCUGCUGCUGCUCAUCUUCCUGCUGGAGAUCAUUGCCGGAGUCCUCGCCUACAUCUACCACCAGCAGCUGAGCUUGGAGCUUCACCAACACCUGAACAGCACCAUGGUGGAGAACUACCAGCAGGACCAGCAGGACCGCGUCACGUCCGCCGUGGACAAGCUGCAGCAGGAGUUCAAGUGCUGCGGCAGCAAGAACUACCAGGACUGGGCGAGCAGUCGCUACAUCCGCUCGGCGGCGAGCAACGACCGCCUCGUGCCGGACUCGUGCUGCAAGACGCGCACGCCCAGCUGCGGCAAGCGCACGCACCCGUCCAACAUCUACAACGUGGAGGGCGGCUGCAUCACCAAGCUGGAGAAGUUCCUGUCCGACCACCUGCUCAUCAUCGGCGCUGUGGGCAUUGGUGUGGCCUGCCUGCAGGUGCUGGGGAUGAUAUUCACUUGCUGUCUGUACCGCAAGCUCAAGUCGGACCCGUACUAAUCAGCGGUUCGUGCAUCAGCCCCACCGCCCCCACCUCCGCAUCGCCUGCCGUUUCGUCGCGUCAAACCACACCACUCUCUUGCCGACCGCCGUAUUCCACUUCGUUCUCGCCCGGUGCUGAUGCCCAGUCGGUCACCUGCCGUGGCCAAAACCCAGACACGAGCACCUUGAGGUUGCAGCCUUUUCUCUUUGUAAUCUUUAUUCCCUGACGUUCAUUCUCAUGAGCCCCGGCCGGCUGGCCGAGCGGUAAGUGCACUCACCGCUCGGCCAGCUAGCAUGGGAAGCGACGGUUCGAUCCCCGUUACAGCUGCCCGCUAAUUUAUUUGGCGAAUGUAUUACUGAGCCUCUGAGGCUUGAUUGGGAACAGCCCCGUAAUGUUAUUUGCAAGAGCAGGCAAUUCUAUGUAAUGCCUCAAAUGUAACACUACAUAUGUAAUCAAUCGUACAAUGAUAUAUAGUCGUAUAUAAUCGGUGAUAAUGUAGUAAAUGAGUUGUAGAGAAAUCAUGGCCGUUGAUUAUGAUUAAUGCAAUUAAUAGUAAAUCUCACUCGACCUCCCCCCUGGUUAAUUUGAUAAUCUUAAAUACAAUUCGAUGAUUACUCCGACUUUUAAAUCAUGGAACGGCUAUGGCCACGACACCACGGUGACAGUGGUCGUCACAGCAGCCGUAACAGCGACGAUGUCAGCACGGACGAUGGCCGCGAUAAUCACGACGACGGUGGUCAUCUCCCACAGGGGUUGACACCGACUGCACGAAUGAUCGGCCUUGCGAGCACGUGCUUAGUCUGAUCUCAUCUAGCCGUAUCUUCCGCACGAUGGUUAACGAUGCGUGAAUGUUGGUGUCGGCUGUGUUCCUUGUAACAAAUCUCGCCGUGAGAGCACUCUCCCAUCCCAAGCUGCGCACUUCGCUUCGCUCGAAAGUUUGUGCCUGGUGUGCGAGUUCGCUGGCUACCUUCAUCUCCACGCUACGUGCCACCUUAUUGUGCCGCACGUAAUUCCCUGUGCCGAUUGGCGCCUGCUCACCGCAGGCUGCGCGCGCUUGUAUAUUAUUUGUCUCCACUGCGUGCCGCUUAUGUCUCCACUGCGGUUGAAUUGCGACGGCGAUAAUAGGAAGGAAGGUGAAAGUUAAUAGCAACGCGAGAAACUACGCGUUCUAUCGCCUGCUUCGAACAUUUGGUCCCUUCUCCGGAAUCCGCAAUAUAAAAGCACUCGCACGAUAGACAGCAGCAGCGUCGCCUGCACGCGUCACAACGAGUCGAGGUGCCGUGCCCGGUUAACGUUUCAUUCGCGUCUACGGGUUUUUAAAAGCGUGCACGCUGAUUGCGUCCUGUUCCGGCCCUCGUCCGUGAAUUACCGUGCUUGCCGCUCCUUUGCCGGCGAUUUUUAGGAGAAAUUAGACCGUGGCGAGACUCCGUGACCUGCCUGCGCGCCGAGGGCAAUUCGGGCUUGGCGACGUAUCUGUGCUCGUGGGCUCUUCCCUUCUCUCUCGCACUGCGCUGGCGUUUCACGUCCAAUGCCUUGGGAUCAUCGUGGUCUUGGAGGAGGAUUUUUUUUAACGUUGCCUUACUAUGAUAUGCUUUGUUGUCUUGCUUUACUUAUAUAAUGUGGUGUUUUUGUUGUUGUUAGUAUUCUCGGAGGAGAUGUGAGUUUAAGACGCCCAUGCCAGUUUGCCUGAUCUCAUUGAUUUAAGUGCCUUUCUCUGCGUUGUGUAACUUACCUGAUGGGUAGCUGGAAUGACGCCUUGGCAAUCGCUCCAUAGCGCCGUGCGUGCGUGUAUGCGUGUGUGCGUGUGUCUUUGUAGCAUCUGUGGGGAGCGGUAGUGCAACGGUUAGCGCGCUGCGCUACGAACCCAGCGACCCGAGGUUCGAUCCCCGCUGACGGCCAACACCAGUGACGAUUAUCUGGGCCUCCCCUAGGUCGACUCGGCCUCAAAUGAGUACCUGGUACAAUGUAAAAACAUUUCCACGAGAGAGACGAAAGCGGCCGGGCGUGGUGUUAUCCACCCACCCCCUCGUGUGCCGUGCCGGCCUUCAAAGGCGUUCUCUAGAAGCAAAAUGCUUCUGGAGAAGGCUGUAUGGGGGAUGUUUGUUGUCGUAGAAUUUAGCGCACCGCACUGUGGGCUCGGUGAUCUUGGUUCGAUACCCGGCCGUGACUAACAUUCGUGGCAAGAGGUAUCUGAACCUGUCCUGGGCCUCCCCUACGUCAACACGGUAUUAAAUGAGUACCCGCCUGUGGUGUGUUAACAUAGGCACAGGGGGAGUUGAAGGUAGCUGGGUGUGGAACUGGCCGGAACAGUUGUUAAAUGUAACUGGUGUUGGUCAAAAACAUCCCGAUGCUGAAAAAUGUUGUUGCAAAUCACUCAAAUGUGGGAUUACACGUGGCAGCAUCAACAUCACCCCCUUUUGUCAAAACUUAGCAGGACCCCCCUGAAUAAGUCCUGGGACUCUGCGAGGCUUCCCCGGGUAAACGAAGCAAGUGUCCUCUUGUGGCCGUGUCAACCUUAGUAGUUGCUCACUAAGUAAACUACACUCUACGCUCUCCAACACUAAAUGGAGUAUAUUGGUUUUUAGGGUGCGUAUUUGAGGUUUUUUUUUAUUUCCUAUAAAGUGCUUUUACUGUAGCGUUGUAGACAAAUUGAAUGAGUCGUGCCAGCCUACUGUUACUUAACUUACCACGAUCAAAACUUGCCGUGAAGGUAGCCUGUCAAAGGCAUUAUUAAAUACCUUAUAUAUACACACGCACACACUGCACAUGAUAUAUAUGUACACACUAUCCGCUUGUAAAACAUUUUUAUUACUCGAGUUUUAAUGGUCAACGUGAGCUUCGUUUUUGACCGGGGGUGAUCGAAAAGUCCAUGGGAGUGGAGUUUUAUCUUGAUUCGAGGUGUACCGAUGUAUACAUUCAUCGAUUGAAGCUCACGACAAAAGCGAUAUUGAAACGAACCCCACGCCGUAAUGUUACAGCAGCAAAAAAAUCCCUUCCAGAAUCAUAUCGCAACGCAACAUUAUCGCGACGGUUCGUUGAAUUGCGUUGUCAUGCCCAUGAACCGAAUUCACUGGUGGACUUACAGUCCCGAUUGGCGGAGACCCGAUUCCACUUUGUACGAUUAACAUGUCUCAUUAUUUUCAGAUGCCUUUUUAUGUAUAAAAAAUAUAAAUGUGGGUAGAAAUGGGGCACAUUUUUAUAUUUUUUAAACACCUGAUCUGUUUAAUAGUCUAGUCGAUCAGCUCGCAAUGUGGUGAUUUAACGUGGUGGGCAUUCCCACCUUUUCCAAGACCUACUUGUCCAGCGUGAAGGAGCAGUCGACAUACCCUCGACGGGGGCUCUCGGAACUCCCCAGGAGUCGAAACCCUUCCGCCAGUAGUGGCUCCAGUGAGUAAUUGCAGGGUUGUACCUUAACAAUUCUAUUUAAUACAAUUUUAAAACACUUCAUAAUCGAAUAAUAAAACGGGCCAAGAUUUCCCAUUGGAAACAAAACCCCGUGACGGUUAUAUGACCGCUGACUUUACGAUCACUCCUUUUCUCGUCUUGCAGUCAUUGCGGUUUUAAACCUUGCGGAUAGUAAGUACACAAUUGCCCGAUGGUCUCGCGUGUCAGGACCCAUUCACAACAUAUUUAGUAUGUGCGGUCUGGGUGGAUGCAACAGAAGUUGCCACGAGAGGUUUGGGGGAGUAAGGGAACGGAACUUGCCCCGAGCUCGGCUGUUACGAUCCAUCAGACGCCGACAGCGGAUUCUUAUUGUGCCAAGUUUCUUUAUUCUUGAAAGUGUUCUGUUAAUCUUUUUUUGUUCCAAUCGUGCCAUCGGCGUCAUCACGAGACGAGGAAUCCAUUCGGAAAGCUCGCCUAGCAGAGCCGACCCCGUGUGCUGGAUCACGGCUGCAGAAUUGCUUCAGCCCUCAAGUGGUGGUCGCACUUUCCACACACACUCUGCUAUCAAAAGGUCGUGUGACGUUCAAACCGAUUAUUUUAAAGUUUCACGGUUAGAAUUCAUCCAAAUUAACUCCAAACCAAAUUCAAUUUGUUGGGUUUAUUUUUUUUUACCGGCUUGAGACCAUUAACUCCUUACUCACUGGCAGUUGCCCGAAUUCGAACCCAGGAUGUCAGCAGUGACAUCCGGCCCACCUCCCUUGUACACAGAUGCCUUGUUCUCGGAGAAAAUCUCACAAUUAAAAUUGUUUCGGUGCCACUCCAUUCCCUGUCUUGAUAGUUUGCCCUCCUCCAUCUUGCACGCUGCUAGAUUCCCUAGCUAUUUCCGCACCUCCGAUUAGCACGGUUGGCUACGUACGGUGCGAAAGAAGUUCAACGUACACACAUUGCCCUACCGCUUGCCUGGGUUGGACACUCGGAGGAGGUGUGAUGGGUCGUAUGCCAGGGAUCGGUACGGUACUGGGGCUGUCCUUGGAAACCUCUUCAAAGACGUCUACCCAGUGUGGAACGAGUCGGCCAAAAUACUUACCGAUGGGGUCUGGAGCUCCGAAGUUCAGGCCCCUGCCUCCAAAAGUGACGUGGGCUCGUAAUUUUCAGCGCUGCAUCUUUGCCUUUCAUUUUUAAAACCACUAUCCUGGGCCAGUCUCACGUUUGGCUGUAGCUUAGGGGCUUGUGCUGCAUGAUUUAUGUAUACAAUACACAUUCUACCUAUCGUGACGUGUGUGUGUGUGUGUAUAUACACACAGAUAUAUCGAGGGCCUUGGCAAAGUGCAUAAUCAUUCGCAGUGGCUGCUCUCAAGUAUGUGUUGCUACUAAGUUCAAUGCUGCCAGCGCAGCCUUACGAAUUCACUGUCUUGUAUUUGUUGAAAGUGACACGUGUUGGAUUUGAAUGGAUCCCCUUUCACUUUAGAUUGAGCUCUUUUUAAGGCGACCACCAUUCACUUAAAUUGAGGUCCAGUAUUUGCAACAUCUACGUAAUUACGCCUAAGCUAAACUAAUCAUGUGGCCAUGGUGAAGGUUGGUGAUAUCAUAUACAAUUUUCGAAAUGUGUGUUUGAUUUUUUUUAUGGAGAGACUGCAUUGAAAGUUGUGUGCAAGUACAGUACACACAGACUCGCCAUCUUCAUCAUUCGCACCGCCUUCAUUCUCAGCCGUGGUCUAUCCACUGCUGCAUGGAUGCCUCCCCAAGCUGUUGCCAUCUCUCGCCGUGCUGCGAUACGACGACGAGGCUAUUUCCUGCACAAUGAAUGAGCAGCGCUGCAUUGCAGUGUGGAAAUAAGAGGCCAACUAUUCAGAGCCACAUGGGGACUGCGUCUCCUUUGCAAGGGAGACCUUGGAUACAAAAGCGAAUAGAAUAAUACAAAGUUGAGCCGAAAAAAUGUGUACGGUACAACUAUUACACAAGCCCGUUUACUAUAUAGUGUGGCAGUGGUUAGCGCACUGCGUUAAACACAGCAGUUCCGGGUUCGAAUCCCAGUCACGGAUUCAUAUUCUUAGGUUUUUUCGGUAAAGUCACGUAGGUAAAACAUCAAAAUUAAUAAAAAUAAAAUAAAGCAAAAAUCACGACGUUUCGGAGGCAACACAAGUCUCCGUCAUCAGGUGGGACCGUCACAGCCGGAUUAGCUGCAUCAAGUGAGGCAAUGAUUCAAGAUGUAAUCCCUUAAAAAGGCAAGUUGAGGGGGAGGAGAGGGGGGGGGGAGCUCAUCAGAAUGCGGAUAUCGAUGGGGACCGAUAUCUACACCGGUCAUGGGUAUACCCCCCCCCCGCCUUUCACGAAUCUGACUGUCCAGAAUGGUGAAGUAUGAUCAAACAUGCUCUGUCGACACGACGUGGGGAGGCCGCCAUCAAACUGGAUGAUACACAGGGCUAAUAUAAUAAUGUGCAUCCCUUUGUGAAGAAUCCAUUGCUGGAUGAAAGCCUCCCCUUCCCAGUGUCGGUCAUGGGUGUUGAUUUUUUUUACUUUAUAUUUGUCAGCAGCCAUUGUGAAUGAUGAAGGUGGUGAUUUUGUUUUGACUAAUGCUCUGGAAGUGGCCUCGACAAAUCUCUGUCGAGAGUCAAUCGGUGGCAACGGGGGUUUUAUUUUUUGCAGCAGCAGCGUUUUAUCGCCUUCCCGUGCACCCGCAAAGCAAAUUUCUAAUUUCAACGGUCGCCUUCGUAGGGGUUUUAUAUUUUUUACGUGCGGGGCUCGUAAAGUUGAGCGUGGUUGCGUUGACCAUUGCGCAGCGGACACGACCGUCAAACGUAAAUUGUGGAACCCUCCGCUGGGUUAUGCACGCGCGCACGCAUGCGUAGCACUCUGCACGAGACGAACCAUCCUGCCACAUGCACGAUCCUAUAUUGCCGAGAUAAUUUGUGCUUUUAUUCACCGAUAGACAUUGGCCCGUUCGGUCAUGAUCAUGUGUAAUGACCGCAUGACAAUCCUGUUUUACGCGUUCGUGUUCGAAAUAAAUGAAGUGUAACCACG